AUGGCGGUCUCCACAGGAGUUAAAGUUCCUCAUAAUUUUCGCUUGUUGGAAGAACUUGAAGAAGGACAAAAAGGAAUGGGUGAUGGUAGGGUUAGCUGGGGCCUUGAAGCUGAAGAAGACAUGACACUUACACUUACAAGGGGGACAGGCAUGAUUAUUGGGCCACCAAGGGUGGAUGCACAGAGCAUACCAGUAUUAGUAAAAUGGCAAAAGCCCUAUAGCAUUAAAGUCGUACUUCAAGAGCUAAGACGUCUCAUGAUGUCCAAAGAAAAUAUGAAGCUUCCACAGUCACCAGAAGGACAGACGUACAACAACUAAUUUUAGUGGAUCUCAAACUUGUCUUAAAUCAACAGCCUUCUACUCAUGUUAAUGUCUUAAUUAAAUAUCACCAUGCAAAAUACUCACACAUUAAGUAAAAGAAUUGCAGCUGGUAAACAUG